UCUUCGUUUCCUUUUCGUGUGUUUCGAGAAAUAUAUCGAUCAAUUCCGAUUCCUUCUUUUUUAUUGAUUCUUUUCCGAUAUAAUUGAAUGGUCUGGCGAGUCCAGACAGAAACACAUUAGACUCGGGCAAUGCGGAAGGCCAAAACCGCACUCUGCUUAAUCACAGCCACUGGCCUCACCUUUCAUGCCUUCAACCCCAAUUUUCUAUCAUCUUCCUCCGAUUCCUUCCCCAACUUUCCUGAGAAAUUACGCGCACCAAUCCAUGGCGUCAAUCGAUCUUCUCGCGCAAUCGCCACCAUUGCUUUCACUGCUGUUGACUACAAGUUCACUUUACAUGGACUCUCGGUUGACUCUGAUGAGUAUCGUCAGAAGCUAUCUGAGGUUCAUAGAAGGUCCGCCACGAGAAUUCGGAAAUUGUGUGAGGUCAAUAGAGGGUUCUAUGUGAAAGCUGGCCAAUUUGUUGCAGCUUUGCGACAGGUUCCCAAGGAAUACUCAUUAACUCUUUCCUCAUUGCAGGAUCAGGCAGUUCCUUAUCAUUUCAAGGCUAUUAAAGAGGUACUAAUCCGCAAUCUGGGACCCGAGCUGUCAGAUAUAUUUUUGUCACUCGAUGAACAUCCGAUAGCUGCUGCAUCUAUUGCUCAAGUACACCGGGGAGUUCUUAAGGGUCAUCAAGAAGUAGCAAUUAAGGUGCAGUACCCGGGGCUGGAGCAGCAAAUGAAAAUAGAUGCAACAACCAUGUAUUUUCUUUCAAAAUCCCUUGCUUGGCAGUUUUUCCCAGAAUACAGAUUUGAGUGGCUGGUAUCUGAAUUCGUACGGUCUAUUUCUCUCGAACUUGACUUUAUUCAGGAGGCUAGGAAUUCUGAGACAACUGCCAAUAACUUUGCCAACAACAAAUGGGUCAAGGUUCCUCGUGUAUUUUGGGACUUAACGACUCAUCAAGUUCUGACGAUGGAAUUCUGUACAGGGCAGAAGGUUGAUGAUGUUGAAUAUCUGAAGGAAAGGAGAAUACACCCAAUGAAGGUGGCAGAAGUGUUGUUGGAAGUGUUUGCUGAAAUGAUUUUCAUCCAUGGUUUCCUGCAUGGAGAUCCACACCCUGGUAACAUAUUAGUUUGUCCUGAAGGUCAGAAUGGCUUUUCAUUGGUUAUUCUAGACCAUGGAAUAUACAAAAAAUUGGAUGAAGGAUUUAGGUUGGAUUACUGUCAGCUCUGGAAGGCAUUAAUUCUUCUGGACUCAAAAAACUUGCAGCGUUUGGGUGAACGGUUUGGUGUUGCGAAGUAUUCUAGAUACUUUCCUGUCAUUUUUACGGGAAGAACUAUUGACAGUAAAUCGGCACUUGGGAAGGCAAUGUCAGUUGAAGAAAGACGUAAUCUAAAGCAGGAGCUGAAGUCCCUGAAGAUGGAAGACAUAUCUUCAUUUAUGGAAUCCUUGCCAUCAGACUUUCUCACAAUAUUGCGUACUGAUGGGCUGCUGAGGUCUAUUGUUAGCAAGUUGGGGGCUCCACAAAGAGUCAGGUUGCUAGCCUAUGGCAAAUAUGCAUUAUAUGGUCUUUCUCCAAAGUUGAAUCCUGAAUCUGAUUUUGCUCCGAAAGUUGUGUUCUCCCGAUUGAAGGCAAAUGCAAGUUACUAUAGGUUAAGGCUUAUUCUUGAGGUUCUACAGCUGCUUUCAUGGAUGGCAAAGGUCAAGCUUCUUCUGUAUACUAUGUAUGAAAAGAUAAGGUUGUGCUAUUAGGGGAAUUUUGAUUGUUUCCUCUUGUUAGUGAUUUCUUCUACCUAAUGUGAAGUUCUUUUGUGAGGUGUCUUUAAUUUUUUUUGGCACUUGUAUAGAUCAACGUAUGUUUAAUUUUUUGGUUACAUUGGAGUUCGACCCUACGGUUCGAACUGGGGUGCCAUGGGAGGAAAGGGGAAGCCGCCACCACUGUGGACACACACAAUGCUGUAUUUUUGGACAUGGAACGGUUGAUCUUUCUUUUUCUUUUUGUGUAACAUAAAAUAAGAUACUUUUGGUUAUCAGUUGAGAAAUCAAAUUGAAAAUA